AUCUGAGCAUUUUAUAAAAAAAAGAACUGGCUGGCAAUAAAAGACGCCCCCAUUUAUCACAUUAUCCUGUGCGACAUCAAUAACUGUUACAGCACAGUUUGCUUAGAGCUACGUUCCUCGAAAGAAAUUAAUUAGCAUUGCUUAUCGCACACAUCUUGGGGUUUAAUGCCUGAUCAACAAAAUACUAAGAUUGACGAGGGGCCAGCUGAUGAAGUGGAGGCGGCCACUACCCAAGAACACUCUGGCAACCCAGAUACUCUUCAGUCUGUAUUAUACGAAGAUUUCAGCUCAACCGCAUCACAACUGCGAAAUUCAUCGCCUAAAAAUAGGCCCCUAUCACCUGCAUCACCUAUAAGUCAUGGUUUGUCUAAAUUGAAGUUGUCAUCCUCGUCCGAAGAAAUAGCCGAAUCACAGAAUUCUCCAGUCAACGAAGCCCCAGAAUCGUCUCCUUUGAUAGGCGAGAACAGGAAGAUGUCGCAUUCAGAGCCAAAGCUUAGCUCUGUGAAUAUCAAGGUAAGACCGGAUGAGAAACCUCACAUUAUUAAAAUGUCAUCUAGGCCAAAAAUAGACCUAAAAGUAGACAAUGCAAUCGAAGGCUCGAUGAGAAAGCGUAAAACUAUUGACCCCCGAGAAAGUCUCGAAUACAAUUUUGAGGGCAAAACUCAUGAAUGUAGUGUGAAUGAUUCUUUGCUGAUACAGAACAUUCAAAACGCUUGCCGAGUAAUAUGGAACCGACCUAUACCUAGUUUACUUGUUCAUACAGACCUUCCCAGGUUGAGCAACGGUAUUGAAAUUAUCGACGAACUGUCAUCGACAUGGAUAUUCAAAGGUGACGGGAACAUGGAUACUGCCUAUAAGGUGAGAAGCAUUAUCUAUGCUAUUGCAUACUAUACAGAUAGUCCUGCAGACGCCGAAAAUUUGAUCGAAUUGCUCGACCAAUGCAAGAAUCAGGACAAUGAUAUCAUCAUCCAACUAAGCAGUUUUAUCUCUAAAGUUGUCCAAAUGGAAAAGCAGCCUAACUGCAUCUUGGUAUUAAAAUGUAUUAACCAGGCUAUCAUGUUUCCCGCAGUUUUCAAUAUGAAGAAGCAAUUUGGAGACUUGUUCGAAUACCGAGAUGUGAAAGGUUCUUGGAAGGUUCGAAUCAGCAUAUAUGCCGAUUUUAUAGAAGUUCGUCAUCGAAAAUCGGAAAAGAGCUACGGAACUGGCGCAGAAGAAAAUUUUUCGUUCGUCUGGUUGGUCGUGUUCAAGAUAUGUUUAAGUCAACCGAAGCUUGACGUGUCCGUUUCGAUACUUGAUUAUAUUUUGGAUAAGGAAAUGAAAAGCGAGACGCAAAAACAAAUUUUGAUGCAAAUGCAACCCUUUUUGAGCGAAUCUGCGCAGUAUAUGAGCAUUUGGAAAAAACCUCUGCGUAAACUCCCAGUCCACAGAGACUUUUCUCUCCUCUGCAACAGGUUAUCUGUAUUCAACUACGAUGGAGAGCCCAUAUACGUAACCUCACCUAAAGAAUGCAGAAACAACUCAGUCGAAGAAUGCCUCCUGAAACUAGCCGCCACGUUCAAUCCUGAACUCAUUCCGCAUAUACAAGAAUCCAUUAAGAAUCACUUCAAAGAAUCCGGCGACUACGCGCAGAUGUUAUCUGGCGUUCUUCACGUUGACAAGCCUAUACCUGAAGACUCGGGGCUUGCCUCUGUCAUGAAAUUCUUGAAUGCUACCAUGAUAUCUCCGGCCAUUUACAAACUUCAUAGUAUUCUCUACGAUAAGCUUAGAUAUAAGGACGUCCGCGGUACCUGGUAUGUUCACAUCACCGUGGGUCCACCACUAUCUAUCGAGAUAGACAACAGUAGCCAGAUUGGCCGCUACCAUUAUGUCAGAAUUUUAAACAGAAGGUGUGAGAAGGCGUACUCUUCUGAUCCAAAAGACCAAUUCGAGUUCGAGUGGGUACUGGAGUUUAUCCUAGAUAAAGAGAUGAAGAUCAAGGAAACUAAUAUGGGCAUCGUCGACUUCAAAUACGGCCCUCAAACCUCAGAAGAGACAAAAGAGUCCGUUCUAAAAUGCUUGAGCCCACACUUUAUACCGUCAUCACUUCAAACAUCUAGGUCCAGCAUGCUUUCCCAAGACCUUCUGGAAUCGACCAUCAAUGAAAUUCAAAAACUAGAAAAACAGAUUAAGCAGCCGAUUACUUGCUACCAUCCUAACAUGCCUCACUCCAUACCCAUAUCACUGCUAUUGGAUUUCAUCAAAAACACUAUUCCUGAAGGUAAAAUCAUCCACCUGUUCAAGCCGAACUAUUCAUCAAAGGGCUGAAUUCUUAAUACAGUCGAACAAAAACGUUUGAAUUCAUUAAAAUGCAAGAUUGCAUAGCGUCCAAAAAUAUCCAGAGCCUAUAUUUUUACCAGAAAUUACAUCUCCUUACUCUCUCGAGGUAAAAAACCUAAGCGGCUAACGUUUCUCUGUUUGAUGCAACAGAAAAAAAUAACUAACUAGCACACAAGACAGUAAAUCUCGAGCUUUCGUCACUCCACUAUGUUUUUUAACAAAUAUAUUCGACUUGCUAUGUCAAAAGUGCAUACAACCUACGAAUUGUGGGCACAGAAAGUCUCGUCUAUUCGUCUAAACUAUCAAAUGAGAGUGAGUAAUAUGACCAUUGACACAUCUUUUCGUAUCAGUUAUCAGAUGCUGUGUGCAGGUAUAUCUAGAAGGGCAAGUGACUAUCGCGCUUACUAUCAUUUGCAACAAAUGAAUUUAGUCAAUGAUGACAGAGAAGGAUAUGCGCAACAGAAGCCCUCUUCGACAUGAAGAGAUUGCCGUUCUAUAGUUGACCAUUCAGCUAGUAAGAGUCCUUUAUAUAACUAAGCGUUGCUUUUUCUGUUGGACGAAGCGGCGAAAAGAGAGGGAGUGUAGCGUGCUAGAAGACUCCGAGCUUAGAUAUACGAUUAUCUCUUAAAGAAUCUAAGAUAUUUGGACAAUUUUCAUAACUUUAGAGCAAAGCCGACAGAGUGAAUGCAAUCAAAAAGACAGGAGAAAAACAAAAGUGCAUAUCGUGAAGUAACCCAGAAAAUGCCAGCAACCUACUUGCAGUUUUCAGAGAGAUUCGGGAAGGUAAUACAAAAAGUUUGACACAAAUAAUAUGAGAGACAUACGCUGUACAAUGUUACAAAGGAGCAGUGCGGUUUAGCAAUCUAUCGGGCAGUGCAUUUAAACAGUCAAAACUUGUCGGCAGCAAAAAGGUGCCAUUAGCGCUUAGUAGCAUCUCAAACAAACUUUGAGUUUAGACGAAAAGCAGGCAGGAUGCAGACUUAGAAUAGUUGUAAGACGGCCAAAGUAAAAUUUUGCUCUGAGUACACGAUACUUCUUAACGGGCAAAAAAAUGACUUGAUGUUACCAAAAACAGAAAAGCAGCUGUACCAAUGUGCAUCGAGUUUCGCUUUGCUCGACGGUACAAGAGUUCAAAAUAAAUGCAUUCAGGCCGCGGUAUAAGUGUGAGCAGAGAGGAACGUCGAUAACUAUUGCAAGGAAAUUUUUUUCUCGACCGGACUGAUGCGUGAAGAGGGUGCACUAUCUACCGACGUGACGGCUUCAAGAGAAAUCGGUGCAGUGUAGUUGUGGUGAAGGAGAUGUUAGUUGUAUCGAUCCUCGCUUCAGCGGCAUUGUGUAUUCUCGUUGUAUGGCUUAGAAGAUUUUCUAGGGCGCACAGCUCAUGGCGCGAGCCGUUCGAUUAAUGAUGAAAUGCGAGGUCUAUGAGAGUAAAUAAAAAUCUGCAA